UAGCUCCCAGCUAGCAGUAAUCUUCACCCUUUAUGUAGGUCGGCAGUGUGGCAGGCGACUGCAGAACUGCCUUCGGAUCGUGGCAGCCUCAUUUCCCCGCUUUCACCAAAGACUAGUGCAGUGCCAUAGCCUAGAUAGGCAUAGGUCAAUGACUAGGUAGGUGCUGACAGUCCUGAUAGAUACGGACCACUACUGUAGUGUGCUGCUCGAUCGUCGAGUCCAGUUGCCUGGAUCUGAAGCCUGGUCAGGUCCGGUCCGAGUUGUUGCUUGUGCCAAGUAUUAGUUGUGGCCCGGCUGUUUUGUCCCCUAGCAAAUCCGCAAUCCGUCCGACCUCCAGCACCGACGUGUAGUUUGGUAUCCCUGACGGACUCAGUGACAAGACUUGCUUCUUAUGCCACCUGCGUACCGUGCCACGAUAUAAUCAACGAAGAUCUACGCGUAGAUCUACGUGUCGUUCUCUGCACCGAAUAUCCCUGUCAUGUCUACCUGGUCUACCGAACAUCCGCCUGACGAUAGUCCGGGCUGGAAACGUUAUUCCGCAACGGAUGGAACGCCGUACUGGCACAAGCAGGUAUACCCGCCACCCGAGCCCCAGACGAGGCCAACAAGAGCUUCACGCCGCCGAAGAGACAGAAUGCCCUCCUCCGAGGAAGAACUCAUGGCUGGCUCGACCAUAGGCAUAGACGUUGAAACCCAAGCGUCUGCUCAGUUUGAGCACGCGGUUGGCCCAGUCUCCUAUUCUGCCCGUACUGGCGGCUGUAGUCGCGAAGGCAGGUUCGACUUGACCUCCGCCACCACACCGACGCGCAGAGUUAGUGGAGAAACAACUUCUGUACGAGCGCGGGGCAUAGACGAAUCCGGCGGCGACCUCGUCUUGCCCAGCAGUGUAUCUACAAGUAUCCCUAGCUACUUUGCUGACUCGGAGGGUACGGCAUCCAACGCUGACAACAACACGCUGAAGCUAAGAGAGGAAGAUGUCAGGUUGGACUCUCCCGGCGACAGCAGCAGCAGGCAACAACAACCUGACGGACGCGCGACCGUGCGCGUAGCUGCUUCACUGAUGCUGGAUUAUGAAAGUUCGCGUGCUGUCGAUACUGGCAGUGACGGAGGCGGAGCGUAUGGUUCGGGACAUGAUCAACAGUUUGGGAGUUGUUAUAGCUCGUUCUCGGACAACCGAGACUACAACAUUAGUAACAAUGUACCUGCUCCUCGCGAUUCUCGUCGACCUGCAGCUCACGACGGCCUAGAAGAUCGCCAAGACACGAAUGACAGUGCGUAUCGGAAUGUGAAGGCAACUCCGGCCAACAGCCGUAGUAUGCGCGCUCGCACGACAUCUGCCGUACCUUUUGCGGGUAGCCCAGCAUUUCAGACAUUCUCCGCCAAGAGUUCAGUCCAUGCAACACCAAGCGGUGGAAACGUCGCGCGGGCGUCGUCUUCCCCAGCGGGCGGUGCAGCUGUAGAGGCGAGAUACCUACAGUCACCUCGCUCCUCGACAUCACCGUCAUCAGCGUUUCGCAGUACGUCCGCUGUUCAAAAAUCACCUCAGUGUCUGAAGAGCGAGGAGCAAGCGCGCACAGCACCGUACAUGGAUAAUGGUCGACCCCCAGUUUCUUCUAGUCCUCGCUCGCACAUGCACGCGUACGACGCUGCAACGGAAGGUGAACUAAAUAUAUUAUUCGAUCCUUCGAAUCCAUCAUCCAGCAGCCGCCUUCGCCCAGUAACAGCGAUCUGGCCGCGGCAGAAUGCAGCCGAGGACGACGUAAACGAUCCGGAUCAAUUCGACCGCCACUCGGACGUGUCUUGGAACAGAGAUACUCGCUGGCCGAAUGCUGCGGGCGAGGGGUUGUCCAGUGGCACCAGUGGUAAUAGUCCGUCAUUGGAGAUUGGCGCUGAAGCUGCGUUUCCUCCGCCGCCUGCUGCAGCGAGAUUCGGAGUGACGGAGAGAGCCUUCGGCAGGAAUGCCAUCGAUGCUAUUGGCAUCAACAGCCCGCAGCUGACAGGAGCAUCUCCAGCCAACGUUCCGCUACAACCCGGUGGAACGGCGCUGUCUGCACAGAGCAUCCAGGAACGACCAGCCCGCACACGUCGCAUGGCGUGUACGUGCCCAAACUGUACCAGUGGUGUGAACAAUGUCAGCGUCAAUGCCAGGGGUGUCAAGAAGAAGAUGCAUCUUUGUCACUAUGAAGGCUGCGAUAAGCAGUAUGGCAAGACAUCUCACUUGCGCGCUCAUCUCCGCUGGCAUAGCGGGGAACGUCCGUUUGAAUGUACCUUUGCCAACUGUGGAAAGCGGUUCACACGCUCCGACGAGCUGCAGAGGCAUUCAAGAACACACACCGGCGAGAAGCGCUUUGCUUGUUCGGUCUGUGACAAGCGCUUUAUGCGUAGCGAUCAUCUGUCAAAGCACAUGAAAACGCACACCAAUCCGACUGGAAGUGGCAGAAGCGGCGGCGGCGGCGGGAACCGAAACAGUCGUGCUGCUGGUGCCUCUGCACGUCCAGUGGCUGCAGCCUCCUCGAGGGUCGGUAUGUCACGAACAACCCGGGAUGGCAAUCAUGGUGAUAGGCGAAUGGAAGUGCAUCAAUCCUCCCCCAUGCAUCAGCCGCAUGGCUUUGAGCAUGACGACGGUUACCGGGCGCAGCACAUGCCGUCUCCAGAUUAUCCAUUACAGAAUCAUCAUACUGCCCAGUAUCAACACGAACAAGACUACUAUGGUAUUGAUCACACAGCCAGUGUUGCACAGCAAGCGGAGCAGCAACAGCAGCUCCCAACUGACGGGUAUUAUCAAUACGGCCAUGAUGCACCGGCACACGUCGACUAUAAUCAGCAUGCAUCGAGUUCGCAGAUGUCAAGGCCAACUCGACUGGAUGGUGGUGACCAUCACUUGCCAGCGGCGGAUCAUGUUGACCAUCACCAGAGUGUUGGUAUGCACAGCGACAUUGCUCCACCCGACCUGCGCAUGGUGGAUGGCGACGACAGAGGUAUGAUGUCGUCCGAAAUGCCCAGCCAAGACUACUAUGCUAUCGAACAUGGUGUGUCACCCUUGAUGUCAAGUCCAGGUUACAAGGCAGAAGCUGGCCAGCAAAGCUACGCUGAUGGCAACUGGGAGGGAAACUACCAGCAGCACCAGCAGCAGCAGCAGUAUGGCAACUACUUGUAUGAGGAGAACGGAAUGCCAAUGAAUGGAGAGCCCGACGGCUUUUCUACAGCUAUGUCUCCUACAGCCUCAAGUGCGUCUGGCCACUUCCCGCCAUCAGGUAAUGAAUAUCAUUCGGCUGCUGUAGACAUUUCCCUACCACUGAUGCCCAAUAGCGUCCCGGCCAGCCAAGCUGCCAUGAUCAGCCCUCCUGGUCCCCCUGGCCCCCCUGGUCUGAUUCCACAAAGUCAGCUACACGUACAGUCUCCACUGCUGUCACCUGGUAGUGCCCCACCGCCACCUUUGCUGUCGAUGAUAGAUGUGCAAGACGCUCGUCACCCACGCUCCCGGGACUAGAUGAAUCGCCUCCAAUUGUGAACUUACAGUAGUUUGUAAGCCGCUGGCCAGUACAUGCCCGUCACGCUUACAGGACUAGACAAGCUGACUGUGUUCUAGAUUUCAUAUAGUCAGCUAGAUGCACGCUACCACUUAGGCGUAGGCUCUCGGGACUAGCCGAUUGCUGAUUGCAACCGCUGUGCGUACUAUAGCAGCCAGGGUGCUGCUUUAGCACUGUUUUAGUACGCCUAUUGCUGUUUCUACUUAGACUUUUUUGAAAUUAGCACCGGAUAUUGCCACCGGAUAUUAGCCGGUGCACCUGUUGGAUUCCCUCACUCCAUGCGCGCGCACACCCAGUAGUACCGGGGAAUUGCAACUUAUGUUACUAGCAGAUCUCAUGUGGGAUUUUCUUUUCCAGUCCACAUGUUGGUCACUCGUGUUUCCGAUGUCUUGUUCUUUUUUCAAUACGACUCCAAUUGAGCUUCUCGAAAAAUGUUUUGUUCCUUAGAAAACUAUUUUCUCAUCCUGUUGAAAUUUUUUAAGUAUGUUUGUGUGGUUGUAUUGUAUGGUCGUGUGCGGAUUGCAUUCUGUGGAGUUUAUCCUAUCGUGUCCGUUCCAGUGUUCAUAAUUUUUUAUAUUACGUAUGUUAGGUGAUUUUUUGGUUUUGACUUUUGA